UCCAAGGAACGCCGCCGCCCGCCGCCCUGUCAUCUAUACUUUCAGCAGCGCCAUGGCGGCUCGGUGGAGUAGCGAGAGUGUGGUGGCGGAACACAGGGAAUUACAGGCCAAUGCCAUGGCCCUGGACCGCCGGGGGGAGUUCACACUGCUGGCCGGACGCCGUGCCCUGGCACUGAUCCGACUGGACUCCCCCUCAGAAGUGGUCAAGAGGGUCAGCCGCACACAGCAGAAGUAUGAUGUCACCGCGGCGGAGUGGAACCCAACUCAGAGCCAGGGACACACCUUCGUUUUGGCAUUUGGAGAGCGUGCUGAAAUCUGCCAGUGGAAUGAGGGCUCCCUGAAUGGCAUUAGUUCCUUGCGCGCCCACACCCGCACCAUCACUGACCUCAACUGGCACCGCCUGGACCCCAACCUCCUGGCCACCUGCUCCAUAGACACCUUUGUUCACAUCUGGGACACCCGGGAGCCCCGCAAGCCUGUGGCCUCACUCUCCUCCAUUGCUGGGGCAUCGCAGGUCAAGUGGAACAAAUUGAAUCACAAUUUGUUAGCCUCGGGCCACGACUGUGAUGUGCGAGUGUGGGACAACCGCAAGCCAACCCAGCCCACGCAGUUCAUUUCAGCCCACUUGUCCAAGAUCCAGGGUCUUGACUGGUCGCCCAACCAUGAGAGCCACCUUGUAACCUCAUCCAAUGACUGCACAGUGAAGUUCUUUGACAUACUGAACCCACGCAAGGCUGAGAACUUCAUCAACACCCUGUCUCCUGUGUGGCGGGCCAGGUACACGCCCUUCGGUGAGGGAGUGGUGACAGUGGUGGCGCCUCAGCUGCGUCGUGGAGAGAACCCUCUGCUGCUGUGGGCAGUGCGGGAUGUCACAGCUCCUGUACAUACUUUUGUGGGCCAUUCAGACAUGGUGCUGGAGUUUGAGUGGCGGCUGAGUGGCGGGGCGGGAGCAGUGGCGUCAGGGCCUGGGGAGCACCAGCUGGUGACCUGGGCGAGGGACCACAGCCUGCGCAUCUGGAGGGUGGACCAGCACUUGCAGCGGCUGUGUGGAGAAGAGGCAGGACUGGGUGAAAGCACUGAUAGUGAAUUCAAUUCAGAAUCAGCAACACUUGUUGAGGGUGAAGCUGGAAGAGAGUCUGGCCUGAUGAGAGAGGAGCAAGACACACACAGCCUCUCCGGAGGCAAUGAAGAUGAUGCUGAAUCCAACUCCCCCAGAUAUGAAGGUGGUGCUCAACCCCCUGAGGCUUCAGAGAAUGCAGUGCACAGGGCAUCCCUGGAAAGCAGCUCUACCACCGAGGCGAGUGAGGUGACCGUCGCCCCUGCCUCAGUAGAAAAAACUGCUGGGGAAAAUGUGUCGUCUGUCAGUUCUGUUGCUGGCACACCAUCCUUGCCUGGUCUUGCCAUUGCCAAGCCAUUGCCAAGUCAAGCCUCCACUUUGCCUUCUGGCCAACCCAUGAGUCUUCAGCAAGAGUUUUCUUUGCUCAACACAUCACUAGACAGCAGUCAAGUCAACUCAGUGGAGGUGGUGACCACAGGGAGAGAGGGCCAGCCAGGUGUAGGGGACCAACAGAAGAUAAUCACUAUAAAGGAGGAAGUCACCGACGAGGAAGAAAUCACUUUGGAGGUGGAGGGCAUCGGCAUCUACCCAGAGGAAAUAAAUAUUAAGGAAGAAGUUUUGAGUGAUGAGGAAGUAGUAGUCAGCUCCUUGGAGGAUGCAUUUCGUGUUGGCAAGAUAAUCCCUGAAAAGGGGGGAGAUACAGUGAAGGUUCCUGUGCAGAGAGGAGGCGCCCCAAGGAAAGAAUGUGUGCCGCCAACCAAAGACACUUCACACAGAGCCACUAAAAAAGGAGCCAUGGUGAUGAAAGUUGGCACUAUUUAUGAAGGCAACUCAAGGGAAAAAGUGAUCACUAUUGAUGAAGACACCAAACACAAGGGAACUGUUUUUCAGGCACCCUCCCAGGAGAAAAAAAUCACAGUGCCAAAGGGAGACACCAUGAAAGAAGCAAACAGGCAACUGAAAGGAGCAAGUGGGGGAGACAGUGUGGAAAAAGGUGCUAUUGUUCAGGUGGGUGACACUGUCCAGAAAGUCAGCACUGUGAAGAAAGCCACUGUCAGAGAAGGAAAAACUGCAAAAGAAGCCACAACCCAGGAAAAGGUUACCGCAGAAAAGAAAAGUGGUUUGGAAGGAGCCACCAUGCAGAAGGAAGUUCUUUCUGCACCUGAAAAAGCCAGGGUGAAAGAAGACUCUGUACAGGAGAAAGAGAGGCCUGGUGUUGAGGAAGGGGACACAGAGAUGCAUAUUGUGGAGGAUGGGGACAAUGUACAUGAGGAAGAUUCUGAGCCAAAGAGGCAUGCUGCUGGGGAAAAGGACUCUGAGAAGGAGAGACAGACAAUGGAGGAAAAGGAGACUGAGAAGGAGAGAGACACUGCGGAGGAAAGAGAGACUGGACAGGAGAUACAUAUCGUGGACAAGAGAGAUACUGCAGAGGAAAGAAAAUCCAAGCCAAAGAUACAUGCUGAGAAGGAAAAAGAGGCUGAACAGAAGAGAGAUGCAGUGGGGGAGAAAGAUUCUGAGCAAGGGAGACACAUAGCAGAGGAGAGAGGGACCAAACAGAGGAGAGACAGUGUGGAGGGAGCAGCUCAACAGGAGAGAGACACUAAGGAGGAUAGAACUUCAGAACAGGAGAGGCAGCCUUCUCAAGAUGAUGAUGUGCCACAAGGGGAAUGGCAUGUCCAGCAUGGAGACAUAGUGCAAGAGAAGAAUGAGAUCACCAGUGAUUCUGGAGAGGGAUCUUGCAGUGGUAAGAAGAGGAAAGCUCUUGUGGAUGGCUCAGUAGGGCAAAUGCAUCCCCCAGCUGUAAAGAGGAAAAGUUCUGUUGCUGCUGCUUCUGCUGUGGGUAAUGGAAAUGGGGAUGAAGGUGGUGGGAGGAAAGCUCCCAGGAGUAUGCCAAAGAUGCAACCACUUGCAAGCCCUGGGUUGCAGGAGAAUAAAGAAAUUAGAGUUCAGGAUCCAAGCAGAAGUGUGUUUGACGAGCCUGACAGCACUUGCAUCAUUAAGAUCCAGUGUGUGGGUGAGGACAGGGAAGGUGAGAAAAUUACUGUAGUGGAGGCCUCAGACAGCAGCCCUGGCACCACACUAUCCUUCCCCCAGAGAAAAGUCUUCAGGAGUCCCCAAGAUAAGGACACAUCCAUGUCCAGCUUGGAUCCAGAAGAGGAUGACUUUAUGAGGGGGGAAGCAGUGAUUCAUGUAGAGUGUGAUCCUGAGCCGGAGAUGCUGGAUAUUGAGCCCAAGGAGAGGGAUGAUGGUGUGGCUGUGUGUCAGGUGGUGACAUCAGGCUCCUUUGUCAUCAAGGGUGCUGCCUCCAGUUUAAUGCAGGUGGAAGCCAGCGUGGUGCAUUUGCCAGAGUCACUGACAAGCAAUAACCAGAACCCUGAGGAGGUGUGGGGCACCCUGGCUCCCCAGUUGCUGGAAGGAGGCGUCAUCGUGCAUGGGGAAAACUUGGUGUUGGGAGUCCUGUCGCUGGUCACCAUGGUGGAAGCUGUGGAGGUGGAUGGGGAGGCACAAACACAGAUCACCAUCUCUCCUCUAGCUGAACCAGUGGAAGCCUAUCACAAGCGUGGUGUCAACUUUAUCCUUGUUACAAAAAAUUCUGAGGCAAUCCGUGGCUCUGGAGGCAGUCCAGAAGCCCAUUCUAAGGAGAAAAAUCAGGUGCGAAAUGCGCCUAACAGUGAUUCACCUGGCCAGUUCCAAUGUGACAAGUGUGACAAGACCUACAGCGUUCGGUCGUCCCUAAACAGCCACCGGGUGACUCACAAUGCAGAGAAAUUAUACAAAUGUGAUGAGUGUGACCGUGCCUUCCAUUACAGUACUCCACUCAUGAUUCACAAACGUACUCACAGUGAUGAGCGGCCGUACUGCUGCCAGACCUGCCAUGCUUCCUUCAAGUCCAUGACCAAUUUGCGUUGUCACCAGCGUCAGCACUCAGGAGAGCGACCUAUUUCAUGCCCAGAGUGCAAACGGAGCUUCAGGGACUACACUUCCCUCAAGAGACACAGACAGAGGAUGCACCAAACAGAAACAUCUGAUUCCUCUAAUACUGCACCAUCUGUUACUUCGCCACACAAGAGUGGGAAGGAUGAGGAAUCUGAGGAUGGCCAGAACACUGACAGCAAGUCCCCAGAUGCCCAAGACUCAAAGGACAGGUCAUCCAGUGGACCUGGGAGUGUAGGACGUCUUUCAGACUACAUACACAAAUGUGGCCUGUGUCACAUGACCUGCCACACUCGACCUCAGAUGUUGACACACCUGCAGGUUCAUGCAGCAGCUGAGCGGUUUCGAUGCCGCUAUUGUCCCAGCGCUUAUACCUUCCGUUUUCUGUUGGCGCGUCAUGUACGUGAAAUGCACCCUGGUAGCCCGCAGUGGUUCUGCCAGCACUGUGACCGUAUCUUUGAUACGUGCCGCAAGAUGAACAGCCACAGCUGUCGCAGUGUGAGAGGGAACUACUCGUGUCCCCACCAAUGUGGUUUCACCACAGAGGUGCGACAUAGAGUGUUUCGGCAUGUGGCACGGUAUCACCCUGAGGAUGCUUCUCCCUACCACUGUGACUUCUGCUCAAACAGCUACCGAGACCCUGGCCGCCUGCGCUACCACCAGAAACGACAGCACCCUGAGAAGAUGCCUGAGCUGGCUCCACCCCCGAAGGACACGUGGCGGGCAUCGUCUGAAGCAGGGCCGGAGGACAAGGGUGCCGUGGACAUGUCACAGGUGGAAGUGAGCGUGGUUGGUGAGGCCAUUGAGUAUUACCUCCCUGAAGAUCUAAGGAAUGACAUGGCAUUUAAGGAACGAGUAAAGUUCAAAUGUUUCUACUGCGAGGCCAAGUUCCCAGUUAAGAAUGCCAUGACACGUCACGUGCUUCGAGCGCACCCUGGCCAGCGUGCAUACAAGUGCCUCCGCUGCAAUGUCUUCUUCAGGUCCAAUACGGAAUCCAAGAAUCACAAUCGCAAAUACCACAAGUACCAGGACACGGGCGGCCGCGACCCCCACCGCAAUGAGAAGGCCAUGAGGAAGCGCGCAGAGCUGGUGGAGCAACAACUCCGUCAAGCUGCACCCGGCCUGCGCAGUGCGUUUAAGUUCCGUUGUCUGUAUUGUCCCAUGGCUUACCGCUGCAAGAGGCCGCUUGUUGCCCACUACCGCCGCUGGCACCCAGAUCAGGAAUGGGACCACUUGCCAGACCGUCCCCCGAGUACUCCACCUUCCUCCUCUUCUAAAAGACGCAGAUUACUGUUCUUUGAUUGCAAGUUUAAUUCUGAGUGUGGACGCACUUUUGAUGAGAUUGAUCUGCUGUUUGAGCACCUGCUUCAUGCACAUGAGGUUAGUGGUGAGGCUGCUCUCCCUUAUGUGAAGGAACGGGUGGUGGUGGAAGGAGUGAGGCGUGGGCGGCUCCCCAAGAAUGCUGUGUUGGUGCCUAGUGAGUCGCCGACUAGUGGAGGUUCACAGAAGAGGAGGAUGUGGUGGAGAGGCAGAGCAAGGGUUAAGUCAGAGCCAGAAGACACAGAGGAAGAAGAUGAAUUUGAUGAGGCAGAGUUUGAACUAUCAGAAGGAGAAGAUGAGGAUGAAGAGAUGGAAGGGGAAAUUAUCAAGAUUAAGAAAGAGCAUUCCUCAAGUCGAAGUCAAACACCUGAAGAGGGUCAAGAGAGUAUGCCCAUUGCUAAGAAGAGCAUAAACUUGGAGAGCAUUGACUCGGUGGGUGACGUGAAGAAGAUGUUGUACCGCUGCAGGAGAUGUGGAGUGUCCUGCAGCAGCAAGGUACAAUACCGACAGCACACUGCUGGCCACAUGCUGUCUGAGAAGGAGGAAGAGGAUCAAGAGUCAAAAGACUUCAGUUCCCCAGAAAAGGUGCCAGUGCUUGGGGCAUCUAAGAAAAAGGCAACAGAGCUGGAUAAGAGUGAGGCUGAAAACCUGGAUGAAGGGAUCCUAGUCACCUCCCUGAAGGAAGAGGUGAAUGAUGAAGAGGAGGAUGUCAAAGUGCUCACCCUCACUCCCAGUGCCUCAGGCAUGCCUAUGGUCAAGGUGGAGGCUUCUGCUAUCCAGGGGAAUAAAGGGAAGAAUUCUAAGAAGAGAAAGGAAACAGAAUUAGUAUCCCAGCUCUCAACCCCCCCAUCAUCACCCCCACCAUCUUCCUCUUCCUCACCUUCAUCCUCACAGACUUCUGCACUUCAGUCUCCCUCACGUGGUGCCUCAAAAACCCAAGGAAAGGUGCAGGUUGUACAGAAAAAGGGCCGGCAUCCUGGUGUGAAGCGCAAGGCUGUGGCAGGGCAGCAGAAGUCUUCAUCAGGACAGCCAGAGACACCAAAACUGAAAGGGGUGGCAGAGAGGCGGGGAGGGACAAAGCAACAGGGACCAAUUAGGAAGAGUAGGAUGGUGGCGUCCAAGAAGCUGCAGUGUCCAGAUUGUACCAUGUCCUUCAAGACCCGGUCAGAAAUGAGCUUCCACAGACGUCUUGAUCAUUGAUGCUGAGUUUUUUUUUUCCCCUGAAGACUCACCUUGGACAUGUCCAUCAACAAGGACAUUCUUCUUUGCUGCCUAUGUUUUUUUCUUGAGUAUGAAAGACUUGUUAAAUAAGAAAAGGUAUUACAUACAUAAUGUAGUAUCAACAUUUUAUUAAAAGUUUAUAAUUAUAAGUGAGGAUUUGCAUACUCUGGCCACUCCAUUAUUGUUAAAGGUUAUUCUUG